CUCCACCAAUAUCAAAACGUUUGUGAAAGAGUGCAUCACACCAAGCUGCAUCAGGGUGAGGAUUGGCACAGCAUUGGCGAUUCGAUUAAGCACUGGACUUAUGUUAUAGAGAAAACGACCAACAUUCGGGCCGAGUAAGAUCGGAGCGACAUAUUCAGGCGAUGGGGGACGAUCCGGGGAGGCUUUAUCGGUUGGAUGGAGUUGCUCAUAUCGCCGGGGUGAUCAACGACGAGCCUCGGCGUUGCAUAUCCAGCGUUAGGCGGCAGCAGGGGAUGCGUCUUGAUGAGAGGUACGUUCCGUACUUGCAGAUGGCCGGAUUGUACCAUCUUGCAAGACUGAACGACAGAUGGUUCCGACUAGACGAGCCCCAUGUCAGUGCAUUCGUCGAGAGAUGGCGGCCUGAGACACACACCUUCCACAUGCCGUUCGGAGAGUGCACCAUCACGCUUCAGGACGUCGCAUACCAGCUGGGGUUGCCGGUGGACGGACAUUACGUUAGUGGUUGCCUGACAGACUUCCACCUAUACAUUGAGGGUGGGAGGCCAGCUUGGCAGUGGUUCCAUGAGUUGCUCGGUGUUUUACCUCCUGAGAACCAAAUUCAGAAAUUCGCAGUGAACUGCACCUGGUUCCAGGAGACAUUUGGAGAGUGUCCCCACGGGGCUGAUGAGGAGACAGUUAGGCGCUUUGCCCGUGCCUACAUCAUGAUGUUGUUGGGCACGCAGCUGUUUGUCGACAAGUCCGGCAAUCGUAUACACAUCAGAUGGCUACCCUUUGUUGCUAGGCUUUAGGAGAUGGGUGGCUACAGUUGGGGGUCGGCGGCACUAGCAUGGCUGUACCGGUGCAUGUGCCGAGUCGCGAACAGACAUGUCGUGAAGUUAGCAGGGCCGUUACAGUUACUGUAGUCUUGGAUAUUUUGGAGGUUUCCUUCUUUUAGGCCUCCUGGGUAUGAUGCGUUUAGCUGGCCCCUUGCCUCGAGGUGGUCUGGUUACAAUCCUGGGAUUAGCAACAAGGGACCUCGGGUGCAGAUGGCUCGCCUGAAGAUCGACUUGUUACAGCCUCGAGAUUUCAUAUGGAUGCCCUAUAGCGCACUCGACGUCAUCCAGGUUGUCCAUCCGGAGGUCUUAGAGCCUCGGCAUACGAUGUUAUGGCGGUGUGUGACGUCCCUGAUAUAUUUUGCGGUGGUUGAGUGGCAUCAGGUUGAUAGAGUGUUACCGCAGUUUGGCGGCGUACAGCCCCCGCCGCAUCCCGCCCUGAACAUCGACUUCUUGAUGUCAAAGGACGGGAGAGGAGGCGACCGUUGGUUCUCGUUGCACUUACCUGACUGCCAUCUUCACUGGCAGAAUCGUGCGGAGCACAUUUUACAGUUCGACAUCGUGGCUGACCCGGGUCCCUCGCUUGAUUUCUUGGCAUGGUGGCACCAGCACGGGAAGAGGUUCUUGUCGCCCGAGAUGUACUUGGGGGAUCCGAGAGGUAUUCCUAUUCUGGAUGAGGCGACGCAGAGGGGUGCCGGCCGAAUUCCUGAUAUGGACCGAGUCGACGAUGUUCCUGACAGACGUCGUGUUGAGAGGAGAGCUCGAGUUGGGACACGUCGUAGCCAGCGUGAGUGGCGGUGGCUGGAUCAUGCUAUGGAGGAGGGUGAUGAGGCUGCUAGGGGGCGGGAGACGACGUGGGCGUGGAGGCAGGAGGAGGGGGGCUGCUGCUAGAGACGAUGUCCCUGAUCAUGGUCGGGGUGCAGCUGGAGGAGGUGUUGCUAUGGGGAUGCUAGGCCCGUUCACGGGGGGCAUGAUGGUGAGUGGUAUGGAUCUGGUGUGGGAGAUCCCUCGAGUCAGACUGCCACGGGGCUUGGCAUAGGUCCGCUCGGAGAUUACUUUGUCGGUGUUCCCGGUGACGACCAGCCACUUCAGGAGAGUACACCAUGGGUGAGUCCCGGGUCCAUGUUUCCAGACUUCCUUGCUGGUGAUGGGAUUGUCGCCGAGUUCGGUGGACCACAUUUCCUUGAUGAUAUCCAGACCAUCAUGCAGGAGGAUGAUGCUGCCCGAGGACGGGGUCAGACGACAGCGACACAGGCUCCGCUAGAUGUAGAUUUGAACGAGCCUCCCACGGCAGCUCCUGUGAAGGCUUUUGCACUCGGUGGGACGCCAGCAUCCGCACAUACUCUUGGGUCACAUUCAGUUGCUGGGCCGUCCUCAUCCAGACCCGUACAUGUCCUGCCCGGGACGCCGACACAGCCUGCUCCGGAUGACGACGGCGACGAUAUUGAGGAUGAGGAGCCGUUUAUACGGAGAGGUCAGAGGGCACGGGUUCCACGCCGUUGUGGCACGGGGUCGCACCUGUUUAGAUGAUUGGGGGAUGAUGGUUUAUGAUGUCUCUUUAUGUUUGUAUUAUGUAUUUUGUUUUGGUUAUCGGUGUUAUUCUUGUGUGCCCUAGGUCAUUAGUUCAUGCAGCAGUUACUUUCAUGUUAUUGUAUUUUGUAUUAGUCACUGGAACAGAAUGUGUACUUUGGUUAUGUAACUUAAUUUCAUAAUUAGAAAGACAUUCAACAUA